AUGGUGCAUGGACACAUGACACUGCCAAAUUCUAUUAACUGCUUCCUCUGACUUCUUUUCCACCGAAGCCACAUGAUUUCAUCAAUGGAGAGGCAGAGAAGCUUUUCCUUCAAACCCACAAGGCUUUUGGUCUUCUCAUUCAUAAUCUUCUCCUCCAUCUUCUUCAUCUCAACCUUCACCAUUUGGCUCACCAACUCCACCCCUUCACUUCACCAACCCACUAUCCAUCUUCACUUCAAUACCGUUUCUUCUUCUUCUUCUGCUGCUGUGGCUGCAGGUGACACUGUUAAUGUGGGUCUUCGAUCUUUCCCUGUUCAGUUCUUGGCUGGCUCCACCAAAAAUUUCACUGUCGAAAGUGUGAAGUUUCCAACUUUUGGGACCCAGAACAAUAGCCUUUUUGGAUCCAAAUCUGAAGGUGUAGGCCACCAUGUUAGUGCUCAAACUGUUAAUUUCACUGCAAUGCAAGAACAUGAAGCUUCAAGUGGAAGGAAGGUAAGCAAUGAACAGGAGAAGGUAGCUGCUGGUUCUACUGGGAGAGUUAAAGUUCCGAUUUUUGAGAAGAUUGAGCAGAAGAAAGCAAAAGGGUGUGAUUUGACUAAAGGGUAUUGGGCUUUUGAUGAAAGUUACCCUCUUUAUAGAAAAGAUUCGUGCCCUUUUAUAGAUGAAGGUUUUGAUUGCGAGGGGAAUGGAAGAUUGGAUAGAAACUAUUCGAAGUGGAGAUGGCAACCCAAAGACUGUGAUAUUCCAAGGUUCAAUGCAACUAGAAUGCUUGAGUUGAUUAGAGGGAAGCGACUAGUUUUCGUGGGCGAUUCGAUUAAUAGGAACCAAUGGGAAUCAAUGUUGUGCAUGCUAUUGAGUGCUAUCAAGGAUCCAAAGAGAGUGUAUGAGACUCAUGGAAGGAAAAUUACCAAGGAGAAGGGAAACUAUAGUUUCAGGUUUCUGGAUUAUCAAUGCACGGUUGAAUACUAUGCGAGUCAUUUCUUAGUUCAUGAAAGCAAGGCAAGGAUAGGGCAGAAACGGAGACCGACGUUGCGACUCGACGCCAUUGAUCAUGGUUCAUCUAGAUGGAGAGGAGCUGAUAUUUUGGUUUUCAACACCGCACAUUGGUGGUCACAUUACAAAACAAAGGCUGGGAUCAACUACUACCAGGAAGGAACUCUAGUACAUCCUCGGCUAGACGUUUCGACGGCGUUUAGGAAAGCUUUAAAAACAUGGGGUUCAUGGGUGGACAGGCACAUAAAUCAAAGGAAAACCAAAGUAUUCUUCAGGAGUUCAGCACCAUCUCAUUUCAGGGGAGGGAAUUGGAACUCUGGAGGACACUGCACAGAAGCAACACAACCUCUCAAUGAAACCUUAGGUGGCACAGGUCCUGAGAAGAAUUUAAUAACAGAGGAGAUAAUAAAGCAGAUGAAAAUUCCAGUGACAAUUUUGAACAUAACUGGUUUGUCAGAGUACAGAAUAGAUGGUCACCCAUCAAUCUAUGGAAGAAAAACUCAAACACGCAGCAUACAAGAUUGUAGCCAUUGGUGCCUUCCAGGGGUACCAGACACAUGGAAUGAGCUCUUAUAUUUUCAUUUACAAACAAGAUGACAUGAGAUGCAUUAGACUUGAGACUGCCAAGUUCCUUUGCAUUGCAGCUGUACAUAGCUUGUCAAAUAUUCCAAUCUGCUACUUUUUGGUUUAUAGGAUAAAUCAAACCAAAUUGUAUUCUUUUCUUGAUUUUUCUUCCCCCUCAGGAGGCAUGCUAUGACCAACUGUUGUAGGCCUCUCUUCCACAAUCCAACUGUAGUUCACUUCAUUCUUUGCAUUAACAAAGAGAAAUUUCUAA